UGAAAGCAAACUGGUGAGGGUCCAGGCUGGCUGGGAAGUUGUUUUUUAUGUGCUGAAGAACCAGUUUCUCAAAGCACUUCAUCAGAAUGGGGGUGAGUGCCACAGGGCGGUAGUCGUUCAUACUGCACACUGCAGACUUUUUAGGUACAGGAAUGAUGGUGUCUGUGGGAAGCAGGUGGGAACCCUCUCCUGAGAUAGUGAGAUGUUGAAAAUGCAAUACAUUCAAAAAGCUUAUUGGCUCAGGUUUUUAGUACACUGCAAUGGAUGUUAUAAGACCGAAAUUCACUCUCAGCAGGACUCCUCACAUCUGCUGUGCAUACUGACAGUGGCCGGUCCUCUGGAGGUGGAGUAGACUUUACAGCUGACUCUUUGUUGAGGAGAUGAAGAAGAUUUUGGGCUAAUGUGGCUCUUUGACUGAAGUCAGAGAGAAGAGGACUCGUUUCCUUCAGAACAACAAAACCUUCACCAGUUGAACAAAAAACAAAAAUUAAAUACCUGUUGAGCAUAAUAUAGAGUAGUACAGAUUAUUACAUGUCACAGCUUUCCAGACUCAUAAUACCGUGACAACUGCUGUCUGGAACAGGCUUUGUUUGCGCCUACAGACCAGUCAGACUGCAUGCUUUGAUAAAAUCAGUACUGAUGGUGAGACAGCAGCUGCAGACACAGGACUGAUUAUAGGAGGAGUCACUAUAAUAUAAAUGAGCAGGUAAAUCUCAUGAUGGGACGGACAUCCACAGGAACAAGCUGAGUGAGUCAGACGAGGCUUGUGUUGUAUUUCCUAGGUUUGAUUUAUCAGAUUUUGUUUCUGACCAAAUACCAGCCGAAGACAAAUGACAUUCACAUCAGCCUCUCAUGUACUUUGCUAAUUGCUAAUUAGCCAAUGUAAGCAUGCUAACAUUCUAAGCUAAGACGGUGAACAUGGUAAACAUUAUACUUGCUUAGCAUUAGCAUGUUAGCAUUGUCAUUUUGAGCAUGUUAGCAUUAGCUUGUAACUGCUGUGUGAGCACUGCCUCAGAGCUGUUAGCAUGGCUGUAGACUGUUGACCUGGUUGUUAUUUCAUCCACUGUGCAGACACGAAACAGGAAGCUGUUUUGAGAUGACUCGUGUUGUCCUCUGUGGAACAUUGGAUGCUUUCUUAGGUUAACAUCUAAUAACUGCUGAUUUACUUAUAUUUUCACAACAACAUCUAAAAACUGAGGUGCAACCUUGCUCUGUUUGGGACUGUGAGCUGCACUUGUUAGAGGAGGAGAUGCAGAAGUUAGGUCCCAAACGGGUUUCUGUGUCAGUCAAAUGGGGAAUACUACCAGCAGAGCAAUAAUGAAAGUUAGGAUAUGGUAACUCUAGUAGCUCAGGCUGCACCCUCUACUGGACUCCAUGGGUACAGUGGGUGGAGACUGACUGUCUUCCGAGCUGCAACAAUCCAUAGUCCACCUCAACGAUCGGCCACAGGCCAGCCACAGGUGCUAAACCACCACAUCAUCCACAGUGUUAGGAUGGUGGGCCACCACUGAGAAGGUCACUAGACAGACCGGUGUUUGGCAUGACCAAGAGGGAUCUGAUCAAACACCUGGGCUGUCCUGACUCCUCCCCGGGAUGUCAGGCACAGUUGAUGUACGCUCCCUCAUUACAACCAGUAACGACCGGUCCCUCUCCUCACAGAUCCCGAGUACGGAUCCUGAGAAGGAACCCGACACGUCCAAGAGAUAAAAAAGCAAAGCCUUCUGAGAAAAUAUAGAUGGCUUUGACCCUUCCUGUAAAGGGCUUGAGUGUUCUUGGCCAGAUAUUUGUAGUCCUCCUCAUUGUCCACAGGGACCCCCUGGAUGGAAACCGUAAUGGUCGAGUGUGACAGUCCCUUCUCCAUCAGGCCUUGCAGGAAGGAGAGAAUGGAUCCUACUGAGCAGGUUGACAGAUCCAUCUCCUCCUCAACGCACCAGCGCUGAAAGGUCAACCACUUAGCUUUGUAGCAGCAAGUGGUGGAGCCCACUCUCUCCACUUGGAUGUACCAACUCAGCGGAUUGUCCAGCCAGCAGUCUAUUGUCUUAACCUCUCCCUUUCAGGAACCAAACCUGGUGAAGUUGGUCCAGCACCAGAAGCGUGCCUAUGGUGUCUGACUCCUGAGCCCCCCAGACCAGAGGUACAGGCUUGUGUAACCUCUGUGUACCACCCUGCCGACCGGCGGUUGGGGGCUACCAGAAUGACGGACAACCGUUUCCCCCUCACCCUCUCUUACAAAGGAGGAAUGAGAUGGGGUGGGGCAAAUGCACACUGCAGCCCUUCUGGCCAUGGCGCGUGUGCAAAUGCAUCCAUGCCCAAGGGCGGGCUGUCCUCUGGCAGAAUCAAGAACUACAACAAACAGUGGGUGUUGUGCCAGCUGGCAAACAGAUCCACCUCCGCCCUCUCGAAGUCUAAAAUACUGCCUGACUUUUGUAGGGAGCCAAAAUGACAGCAGUGGACCUUUUGAACACUUUGGAGGAUUUAAGUGACAAGGAAUUCACUAAGUUCAAAUGGUGUCUCAAGCAGCCUGACAUGGUGAAAGGUUACCAAACCAUCAAAGCGUCUGACCUGGGGAGAGCAGAAAGGCAGGACACAGUGGAUCUAAUGGUGAGUGCCUAUAAACUUCAUGGAGCUCUGAAGAUGACCAAGAAGGUUUUAGAGAAGAUACCCAGGAACGACCUGGUGCAGAGUCUGCCAGAACCCGACCCAGGAUCAGGAGCAGCUGUCAAUGAUGUUGGAGAGACUUCAGAGAACAGAGGACCUUCCUCCUCUCAGUGUGAAGGAACUCCUGAUGCAGUUUGUCAGCGUAAACUUAAAUCUAAACUGAAGAAGAAGUUCCAGUGUGUUUCUGAGGGGAUUGCAAAAGCAGGAAACCGAACCCUUCUGAACCAGAUCUACACAGAGCUCUACAUCACAGAGGGAGGGACUGCAGAGGUCAAUGAUGAACAUGAGGUCAGACAGAUUGAAACAGCAUCCAGGAAACCAGCCAGACCAGAAACAUCCAUCAGACAAGAAGACAUCUUUAAAGGCUCACCUGGAAGAGAUGAACCAAUCAGAACAGUGAUGACAAAGGGAGUGGCUGGCAUUGGGAAAACAGUCUUAACACAGAAGUUCACUCUGGACUGGGCUGAAGACAAAGCCAACCAGGACAUACAGUUCACAUUUCCAUUCACUUUCAGAGAGCUGAAUGCGCUGAAAGAGAAAAAGUACAGCUUGAUGGAACUUGUUCAUUGCUUCUUUACUGAAACCAAAGAAGCAGGAAUCUGCAGCUUUGAAGAGUUCCAGGUUGUGUUCAUCUUUGACGGUCUGGAUGAGUGUCGACUUCCUCUGGACUUCCACAACAAUGAGGUCCUGACUGACGUUACGGAGUCCACCUCAGUGGAUGUGCUGCUGACAAACCUCAUCAGGGGGAACCUGCUUCCCUCUGCUCGCCUCUGGAUAACCACACGACCUGCAGCAGCCAAUCAGAUCCCUCCUGAAUGUGUUGACAUGGUGACAGAGGUCAGAGGGUUCACUGACCCACAGAAGGAGGAGUACUUCAGGAAGAGGUUCAGAGAUGAGGAGCAGGCCAGCAGAAUCAUCUCCCACAUCAAGACAUCACGAAGCCUCCACAUCAUGUGCCACAUCCCAGUCUUCUGCUGGAUCACUGCUGGAGUUUUGACAGAAGUGGUGAAGACCAGAGAGGGAGGACACCUGCCCAAGACCCUGACUGAGAUGUACAUCCACUUCCUGGUGGUUCAGUCUAAACUGAAAAACGUCAAGUAUAAUAGAGGAGCAGAGACAGAUCCACACUGGAAUCUAGAGAGCAGGAAGAUGAUUGAGUCUCUGGGAAAACUGGCUUUUGAGCAGCUGCAGAAAGGAAACCUGAUCUUCUAUGAAUCAGACCUGACAGAUUGUGGCAUCGAUAUCAGAGCAGCCUCAGUGUACUCAGGAGUGUUCACACAGAUCUUUAAAGAGGAGAGAGGGCUGUACCAGGACAAGGUGUUCUGCUUCGUCCAUCUGAGUGUUCAGGAGUUUCUGGCUGCUCUUCAUGUCCAUCUGACCUUCAUCAACUCUGGUGUCAACCUGCUGGCAGAAGAACAAACAACCUCCCAGAAGUCUGAAAUAAGAAAAGUUGAAUCUGUAGGGAUGCAGUUUUACCAGAGUGCUGUUGACAAGGCUUUACAGAGUCCAAAUGGACACCUGGACUUGUUCCUCCGCUUCCUCCUGGGACUUUCACUGCAGACCAAUCAGACUCUCCUACGAGGCCUGCUGACACAGAAAGGUAUUUGCUCAGAAACUAAUCAGGUAACGGUCGAGUAUAUCAAGAAAAAGAUCGAAGAGACUCCCUCUACAGAGAAAAGCAUCAAUCUGUUCCACUGUCUGAAUGAACUGAAUGAUCAUGCUCUAGUGGAGAAGAUCCAACAGUUCCUGAGUUCAGGAAGUAUCCACAGAUAUAAACUCUCUCCUGCACUGUGGUCAGCUCUGGUCUUCAUCUUACUGUCAUCAGAAAAAGAUCUGGACGUGUUUGACCUGAAGAAAUACAAUUACUGUGCUUCAGAUGAAGAACUUCUGAGGCUGCUGCCAGUGGUCAAAGCCUCCAAGAAAGCUCUAAUGAGUGGCUGUAACCUCUCAGAGAGAAGCUGUGAAGCUCUGUCCUCAGUUCUCAGCUCCCAGUCCUCCAGUCUGAGAGAGCUGGACCUGAGUAACAACAACCUGCAGGAUUCAGGAGUAAUGCUACUGUAUGGCGGACUGGAGAAUCCACACUGUUCACUGGAAACCCUGAGACUGAGUGGCUGUAACCUCACAGAGAGAAGCUGUGAAGCUCUGUCCUCAGUUUUCAACUCCAAGUCCUCUAGUCUGAGAGAGCUGGACCUGAGUAACAACAACCUCCAGGAUUCAGGAGUGAAGCUGCUGUAUGCUGGACUGGAGAGUCCACACUGUACACUGGAAACCCUGAAACUGAGUGGCUGUAACCUCUCAGAGAGAAGCUGUGAAGCUCUGUCCUCAGUUCUCAGCUCCCAGUCCUCCAGUCUGAGAGAGCUGGACCUGAGUAACAACAACCUGCAUGAUUCUGGAGUGAAGCUGCUGUAUGCUGGACUGGAGAGUCCACACUGUAUACUAGAAACUCUUAGGCUGUCAGGCUGUCAGAUCACAGAGAAAGGCUGUGUUUCUCUGGCCUCAGCUCUGAGCUCCAACCCAUCCCAUCUGAGAGAGCUGGACCUGAGCUACAAUCAUCCAGGAGACUCGGGAGUGAGGCUGCUGUCUGCUGGACUGGAGGAUCCACACUGGAGACUGGACACUCUCAGGGUGAAGCCUGGUGGAGUCCGAUGCUUGAGACCGGAUCUGAGAAAGUAUUCCUGUGAACUCACACUCGACACAAACACAGUAUAUAGAGAGAUCAAACUGUCUGACAACAACAGGAAGGCAACACGUGUGAGGGAGGAUCAGUCAUAUCCUGAUCAUCCUGACCGCUUUGACUCCUGGCCUCAGCUGAUGUGUAGAAAUGGUCUGACUGGUCGCUGUUACUGGGAGGUUGAGUGGAGAGGAGCAGCUGAUUUAUCAGUGAGUUACAGAGGAAUCAGCAGGAAAGGAGGCAGUCAUGACGGAGGGUUUGGAUGGAAUGAUCAGUCCUGGAGUCUGAACUGCUCUUCUAGCGGUUACUCUGUCAGUCACAAUAAGACAGGAACAUCGUGCUCCCUAUCCUCCUCCUCCUCCUCUGGUAGAGUAGCAGUGUAUUUGGACUGUCCUGCUGGCACUCUGUCCUUCUACAGAGUCUCCUCUGACACACUGAUCCACCUCCACACCUUCAACACCACAUUCACUGAACCUCUUUAUCCUGGCUUUGGACUCUGGUCUGAUUCCUUCUCCGUGUCUCUGUGUUCUGUGCAGGACAGGGAGUCUCCUCCUUGUUAAAGCAGUGGUUCUCAAACUUAUAACCCCCUUCAGAGGCCAAAACAGGUUCAUGCCCCACCACCACAUAAACAGUAGAUUUAAUUUUAUUCAGUCAUAAACAACACAGGUGAUUGAGAAAAAACAAGAUUCAGGUUAGCAAAAUAGCAUUGCUAGCAGCAGAGCACUUUUGUUGAUGUCAUUAACAUGAAUCAUGUUCAUCCAACUUUAGGUCUGCUCAACAUCCAUGCCCCCCUUAAGUGGCUCUACCACCCCUAGUUUGAGAACCACUGUGGUAGAGAAACAUUGACACUGCUGAACAGAUCAGUUGAGUCUGUCCUAGGGGUGUGUAUAUUCACUGGUCUCAAGAUUCGAUUAGAUUGCAACUCGAUAUCUCGAUGCAUCACCUCUAGGGGAGGGAAUCUUUAGGCAUCUCGUUACGAUUAUGAGGCCUACAAUGCAAUUUUUAAACAAAUAGGAUGAAGAUGCAACUACUUAGUACUUUCAAACCAAAGUAUUUGUAAUUACCAACCAAGUAGUUAGUAAUGGCAUGUGGCUUUUUAAACAUUACUUAAAUAUAUAAAUAAAUGUAGCUAACGUUACAUGGUAUUAUAUUACAGUUUUAUUGCAUUAUUACAGCAAUAAAUUCUUACAGCAUUAUUACUGACCUGUUUUGUUGCUAUUUUAAUUUCUGAUGCAGCAAUCAUUAGUAUAGAUUCAAAUACGGGAUGAAUAACACACUUUACUAUGCUCCAGCCACACCAUGUUCACUCCACCUUAGUACAUCUGGGGGGUUUUUUGUCUUGUCUAGUGUAGUUAAAUGUUUGUGUCUUGUUAAGUUGAUUAUUGUAAUUUUGUUUUGAGCACUGGACCAUGAGAAACGGAAUUUCAUUCCUUUGUGCACUCAAUAUGUGAAUGAACGACACUAAACAAACUUAAACUAGCCACCGCCAGCAGCUUCCAGACUGCAGUCUAACCAGACGUUAGCUAGCACUAACCGCCCUCACUUUUCAAGCAGUUGGAAAACAACAGACAGACUUUAAUUAACGGACACACUGUGACCUCCACUGUACAUUUACUGCCAGGCAUCAUUUUACUCUGCUCCACUUGCUUUCACUGUCACGUUCUGCCGCCUAUCACUUAGAUUGUGUCAUUUGAAGAAUGAGGAGAGGACGGUAGCCAGCCGUUACCGUGCUCGCACAAUCAGUAAAGUUAGUUGUGCAUUGAUAUUAAUGAUUGUGUGGAAUUUAAAUUGCUGCAAUCAUUCAUUCAACACAUGCAGUCUUUUACAGACACAUGAUUUGAUUUUUGACAUUUGUGAAUCGGUUCCGAAUCGUCCAAGUCCGCAUCCCAAUACAUCUAAGAAUAAAUUAUUUUUCACAUCCCUAGUCUGUACAGGAUCACAGUUCCAGAAAUCAGCUUCUUGUAAUAAAUUCAUCAAUGAACUUUGUACAAAGUGAUUAAAAGGGAUUAAACAGAUUUCUUAAUUUUCAUUGUAAACUUCUUCCACUUCCAGUCCUUUAAAGAUAGAAGCUCUGAUCAUUAAAUGGUGGAAAUGCCGUUGACUUGGACCUUCUGUCAUGUGUUGCUUUGAAUUCUGGCUCUUGUUCCAAUAAAAGCAGAAUGUUACUGUGA